AUGUCAGCUAGACGGGAACUGACUGGUUCCAAGACGUGGCUCUUUGCCUGUCACCGUAGCAGAUUUGACAAGCCCGGUGACUAUCAUGUCUAUGACGUUGCCGGUAUCUCGUUCUUUGUCGUCCUGGGCAAGGACUUGAAGCUGCGGGCUUUCCACAACGUUUGUCGGCAUCGCGCAUACACCGUGGUCCGCCGAACUUGUGGCACCUCGACCCGGUUUUCAUGCAAGUACCACGGCUGGCAGUACGACGACAAGGGCGCAUUGGUAAAGGCUCCAAAGUUCGAUGAAUCGCCAGGAUUCGUACCUGAAGACAAUGGUCUGUUCGAGAUCAAGUUGAUAACAACGCGAGAAGGAUUGGUGUUUGUCAACUUCGAUGCAAGCACGCUGAAUCUUCCUUUCAAUAAUGUCAAGUCUCACGUGGACCUUGGGAGCUGCUCGUGGGUAGAUGGGAAGGAAGUAACUUGCCCAACAAAUUGGAAAGACAUCGCAAAUGAGUUCUCCAAUCAAGCUCAAUGGGCGCAGAAUCCGUUUGAGUGGCUUUCUGCAUUUCGCAAGUCGAAAGUUGUGCGACUGCUCGGCCCAUUGAGCAUCAUCAAGGAACUCGAUAACGACCUGUGGUGCACGAUGGUGCUUCUCCCACGGUCAAGCUCGGAGGUCGUUGUUCAAUGCGACUUUUAUGUCAAAGAGGGACACACAGCCCCCGCGAAGGUCGCAGAGAAGUCGAAGUGGAUGCUGGAGCAAGAACUCCUCAAUUUGUCCAGAACAGACGACACAAAAAGCGCAACAAGAUCUUCAUAUUUUGCAUAUCAAUGCGGAGGUCGUACGAUUGACUUGUUUGCAAUUCUUGCUCAGCAUCAACGGAAUGAGAAGAUGGCCAAGAGGAAGCUGCAGCCAGCAAUCCGGGUGACAGGCACAGACACCAUUGAUACCGAAGCCGAAGCCCUGUGCGACGCCCUCGAGGGGGUAGCCGACUCGCCUUCCCUGGAGAAGUGUUCUCGGAUUUCCAGCCUCCCUCACACGCUGGAGUGGUGA